AUGUCAGACAUGCUGGCAAAGAAAAAGCAAGAGACAAGGCAGAAAAUAGCCGCCCGCCGUGCCAAAGUGCUCGAUACCACGAGCCGGGUGUUUUGGAGAAGAGAUCAAGAGUGGCUACGAAGACGGAUGAACUUGCAACAACAGGCCACCUUUAAGACUUUGUUUGAAAAGAGGGGUUAUAACGACCCCAAUGUCGGGAUUGGUAUCGAUUUCAUCGCCUGGAACAUUGACUACGGCCUCUGGGACGGACUCCGACACUCUCCCGAAGAUUAUGAAGCCCUCCAGCCAAUUUUCGAGGAAGCCCCGAGGCCAACAGACACCCCAUGGUGUGCCCAAUUCCGCGAUUAUCAACGAAGCCGACUGGGACAGAAAGCCGAGAAGGACCCUCUAAAUCAAGCCAACACUGAAACCAAAUCCCUGAAGAGAAGGUCCGACGCCGAAGACAACAAGGCCAACGAUCUCCACCCUCAACCCAAGAAACUACGACAGCAGGAGCUCAAGUUCACCACCAUCGAACCCCAAACCAGCAACUACCCAGGGCCCUACCCCCACCGCCACCACCGCCACCAACAGACCCCCCCAGCACACGUCCUCUCCCAGUCUCACGCCUUCAUCUAUCAAGGAUUUAAUCCCCGUACCACGAGAAAACAGAUCGCCGGAGCCGCGAAACAUUCUGAGGGGCGGUGUACGGCGGGACAUCGCCGGCGCCGCGCCGACGGGGAUUUCUUCACCGUCCGGUUGCGGGAGGCAGUGGCGGCCACACGUAUCAACCAGAGACCUGGGGCCCAUCCGAUGCCCUGCUGGACCGGACCUUUCGGGUGGAGGUGCGCUCGCCGGGAGGAGCCGGUGACGGUCGGGGUGGAUGGGGAGGGGGCGGGUGCGGGGGUGAAGGAGGGGCCGGUGACGGUGUGGUUGUUGGCGGUGGCGGUGGCGGAUCGGGCGGAGGUGACGUCGUUGAGGGGGCUGGGGCACUUGGCUGAGACUGAUCCUGUAUUAGGGACGUAA